AUGUCAGAUGUGAUUGUACGCGUCCGGACCAAGUACCGCUGGCCGCCGCUGCAGCUGAACUUCUGGCUGUUCGUUAUGCUGGUGGGCAGCUGUACCGUGCUGGGCAUCAAUGCGUACUUUGUCAGCGUGCAGGAUCAGUUGCGCUUGGGGAUACCUUGGUACUUCCCCUACUGGAUCACCUCCGCGUCUCUCGCCCUUGUCUUUGUUCUCGUCAUGCUCUACCUCAUCUCCAACCGGCAGCUCCUCCCGGGCAUCGUGAUCAUGGGCUCAUUCGUUCUCUUCGUGCUGUGGAUGGUUGGCUUGAUUGUCAUCUCGAUCCAGCUCUGGGGUCCCAACGGCGUGAGCGGGAGCUGCAACCUCUACGUCGACGAGCAGGAGUCCACCGGCCCCAACGUCAACACGCUGGCUUACCUGCAGCAGCACAGCGUUUGUCAAAGCUGGCAGGCGCAAUGGGCGUUCCAGCUCGUGGGUUGUGUGUUUCUACUGUGGAUGAUGGUGAUGGCGUAUCAGGUCUACCAGAACAACUUCUAG